AUGGAGGAAGAUUUGCCUGAAGAUAUCAUCGAGGAUGAGAAUGAUUCUGAAAAUGAAGAUAAUGAAUUAUCUGAUAGAUAUGAAGAUUUCAAUAAAAUCACUCAAGUUAAUAAUAUGGAAAGAGGUAGUGCUUCACGGUCUUUAAUAGUAACUUCUCCAUCAAGUUCACGAUCUUUGACGCCAUUUUCUGAUAUUUUUCAAGAAGAGGACAGCACUAUAAAAGAAAAUAGCACCUCACAAACUUUAAAUUCCCAAUCCUCAGUACAGCUUGUUAACACAGUGCAAAGAGAUAAAUUUGUUAUGGAAGAACACGAAUUGGGAAACCUAGAAGGUGAUUAUACAAUGCAACAACAAACUACUUUCAAUAGUCAACAAAUACAAUCUGCUACUAAUGAUACUAACGAGCAAAUAGUUUCUGCGCAAGAUGACUUUACAAGUAAUCAGAAAAGAAUUAUAAAGGACAAAAAAAAUCAAAAUUUUAUUGAUUUAAAUAAUUCAAAUGAUUAUGUUCCUUCCAAAAAACAUCAUAUUUGGAUUAUUCAAGAAGCUUCAAAUAAUUCAACUUCUCAGCAUAACAUUUAUCAGCAA